AUGGUAUCCGGCUCGUCACCACACCAGUAUCCUCUGGUAAAACUGCCACACCCUUUUCUGACCACAUAUCGAGUACGUACCGUUGCCGAAACGACGCCGGCCAAGCACGUCCUGGCACUAGAUAGCCAGCCCCCUGCCGAACGACCUCUGCCCCAACCACUACACCUCGAGUCACUCUCAUGGCUCGAUUUAUCAUUCAAGUCUGAAGAUGAGUGUCCGCCAGGUUCUGACAACAGUUCCUGGGCAAGAGCAUCUCGAAGCCCACAGACCAUCUUCCAGUGGACAGGGAAUAGCCCACCUUCUUUGGGUCAGAUCUGGAAUGUGAUCCAUGCUAUAUACCUCGCUCACCCGACGUACGAGUAUUUCAGACUUACUCUGCUUGGUGAAGAGAAGGACAUCGUUCGGAACGAACUGCUUUCGACUGGCUUGGGAAUCGAGCAUCCCAAACCAUGGCGUCCUGUGGACAAGGCGAUUGUACCCUCCGAAGAUUUGCUGAUCCUUCGAAGUGCAUUUUGGCAAGGCGCGGCUUCUCCAAUGGGCCCUCGUCCGAUCUGGGUGGUGGGAGAUGGUACAGACGGUCCUUUACGACGAUCUUUGGCUCAAUAUCCGGUGAUGCCUGAGAACUAUAAAUUCACAAUGAAGUUUCCGGAAGAGGCUGUGUAUACUCGCCAUCCGAUACGUCGCCCCAAGCCGCAUCCAGGAUCAAUUGCCUACAGUCGGUACAUUCCAGAGCUUGACGAGCACUUUUCUCUUGAAGUGGUUGACUGGCAAGACCAGGGGCACUUGAAGCUCUUCAAUAUGUGGCAAAACGACCCGCGCGUGGCACAGGGCUGGAACGAGACUGGAACCUUGGAUCAGCAUCGUGAGUAUCUUCGCAAACUUCACUUUGAUCCUCAUGUCCUUUGCUUGUUUGGACGAUUCAACGAGACCCGUUUCGCAUAUUUUGAGCUAUAUUGGGCAAAAGAAGAUCAUUACGGUGCCCAUUACGAUGCCGGGAAUUAUGAUCGUGGGCGUCACUCUCUUGUUGGCGAUGUGUCGUUCCGGGGCCCUCAGCGGGUCAACGCAUGGUAUUCUAGUUGCAUCCAUUAUUGCUUUUUGGACGAUCCGCGGACUGCAAACGCCGUGGGCGAGCCGCGAGCCACAAGCUCGAUCAUCCUAUCUUAUGAGAAUUCUCAGGGCCUCGUUAUCGGCAAAUACAUCGACCUAGGUCACAAACGGUCGGUGCAUUCAGUUUGUAGCCGGGAAAAAUGGUUUCAGCUAUCUCCGUUAUUUUGGGACGGGCGAAAGCAACCAUUGGAAUCUGCUGACCGGGCGGCGUGGAAUGCCAAGCUCUAA